AUGAAUCAAAAAGCUGAGGGUGGAUUGAAACUCGUCAAGGCUGAAGAUAUCACUCCGGUCGUUGCGUCGAGACGCGUCCCUGGUACCGCGACGGAAACCCGCAAAUACGAACACGCACGGGUACUGGUACCUGCGCUCGCACUUGGCGCUUGCACCACGGGCUCAUGGCUGUAUUUCCGUGCUGGGCAAUACGCCUUCUCGGUACCUGACGCUAAUAAGAUUGCCUCUUGUCAAAGCGGGAGGCAGCAAAUGAGCGCCGCCAUGGGACGAGGCGCUAAUGGCCCUAGCGAGGCCGCCGGGGUGUCUUGGUUCAGCGGGCGACGGGGCGUUGGCACAGCACCUACGAGGUACCCGUCCGAGGAUUACAGGCACCAGACCAGCAACGACCAUCAAUCCCACAGCGCCCACAGCGUGCCGACAGGGCGCUGCACGGCAUUCAGCACCGCGUUCCGCUGCCCUGUACACCUUGGCACUGACACACUGCACGUCGAUGGCGUCAAGACGCGCUGCCCCGGGAAAUUCAUGCGUAUCGGUACCUGGACGAGGCCGCAGAAGGGGAUCGAGAGUUUGAUGAGGGAGCCACUGUAUCAAGCAGAAAAGGCCGUUGUUGCUGGGCUGUGGCAGGGCAGGGCAGGGCCGAGCAAGGUACAGUCACCUCAGUGA